GGCCAAUGAAAUUAAUGUGAUCCACAAAAAGAAUAAGAGCCCUAAAAUCGGAGCGGGUUGAGCAGUCGAGUCGAAACCCAUCCCACUCGCGAACUCACGAUUCCGAACGAUCCCACCUCGUUCUUCUUCCUUUUCCCUCUAAUUUCAAUUUUUCCCACCAAUCUCACCCUUUAAAACCCUAAUUCUCCUUCCAAUUUCUCCAUUUCCGAACCCAAUUGAAUGUCCCCAAUUCCAAAUUUCACACCCAGGAACUCCCAGAUACGUUGCAAUUCGCUGUCUCAGAUUCUUACUUCCCAGUUGCCUAACUCUUGCUGUGGUAGACACCAACAUCCUUUUUGCAUGCAUUGUUGUAAGAUAAAGAUAUUGACUCCUGUUACUGGUGAUCAUAUAUGAUUUUUUUUGGUGUAAAUUCUUAAAUUGUUGAAACUGAAGUCCCAAUGCGCUCCUCUGGACUUGUUGACCCGGGAUGGGACCAUGGUGUUGCUCAGGAUGAGAGGAAGAAAAAGGUUAAAUGCAAUUACUGUGGAAAAAUAGUUAGUGGCGGAAUAUACAGAUUGAAGCAGCAUUUAGCCAGACUUUCUGGAGAAGUGACAUAUUGUGAUAAGGCUCCACAGGAUGUAUACAUGAGUAUGAAAGCAAACAUGGAAGGAUGUCGUUCUAAUAAAAGACCUAGGCAAUCUGAGGAUAUUGGACAAGCAUAUUUGAAUUUCCAUCCUAAGAAUGAUGAAGAGGAGGUCCAUGUUGGUUAUCGAAGCAAGGGAAAACAGUUGAUGGGUGAGAGGAAUUUAGUUGUGUCAUUGGCUCCUCUAAGGUCAUUAGGAUAUGUUGACCCUGGGUGGGACCAUGGUGUGGCUCAGGAUGAGAAAAAGAAAAAGGUGAAAUGCAGUUAUUGCGAAAAAAUAGUUAGUGGUGGUAUUAACCGAUUUAAACAACAUUUAGCUAGAAUUCCUGGAGAAGUAGCACCUUGUAAACACGCACCCGAGGAAGUAUAUCUUAGAAUGAAGGAGAAUAUGAAAUGGCAUCGUACUGGGAGGAGACAGAGACAGCCUGAUGGAAAGGAUUUCUCACCUGUUGAUAUGCAGUCAGAUAAUGAAGACCAAGAGGAUGAUCAAGUGGAAUCUUCUCUGCAUCAUAUAAGCACAGAAAGAUUAAUGGAUGGUGAUAAACGAUUGGGCCAAAAUUUUAGAAAGAUUUUCAACGGACCUCCCUGUACUGGUUCUGAGCCAUUAUACAAACGAUCGAGGCUAGAUUCCCUUUUCUUGAAUGCACCUAAGAAUUUGUCUCCGCAAUAUAGACAAGCAAAGGUCAGAACAAUGUCAAACAGAAUAUCCCGCAAGGAAGUUAUUUCUGGAAUUUGCAAAUUCUUUUACCAUUCAGGAGUUCCUCUACAAGCGGCGAACUCCAUAUACUUCCAUAAGAUGCUUGAGUUGGUUGGCCAAUAUGGGCCGGGUGUGGUAGCACCUACAAGCCAAUUAAUAUCAGGUCAGUGUCUGGAGGAAGAAAUUGCAACCAUCAAAAAUUACCUUGCUGAGUAUAAGGCAUCCUGGGCAGUCACUGGUUGUUCUAUAAUGGCGGACAGUUGGCUAGACACAGAGGGUAGAACACUGAUCAAUUUCUUAGCUUCUGGCCCAAAUGGUGUAUACUUUGUUUCGUCAAUUGAUGCCACUGAAAUAGUUAAAGAUGCUUCUGAGUUGUUUGAGCUGCUCGACAAAGUGGUAGAAGAGAUGGGAGAGGAAAAUGUAGUUCAGGUAAUCACUCCAAAUACUCCUAGUUAUAAAGCUGCUGGGAAGAUGCUCGAGGAGAAGAGAAAGAAUUUAUUCUGGACACCAUGUGUCACCAAUUGUAUUGAUCAAAUUCUUAAGCAUUUGUCAGACAUACCUUGUGUGGCAGAAUGCAUUAAGAAGAGCCAAAAGAUUACAAAGCUCAUCUACAGCCAAAUUUGGUUGUUAAAUUUUAUGAAGAAUGGCUUUACUCAGGGGAAGGAACUUUUGAGGCCUUCUAUUACCCAGUUUGCCUCUAGCUUUGCUACCUUACAGAGCUUGGUGGACCAUAGGAUUGGUCUUAGAAGAAUGUUUCGAUCAAACAAAUGGAUUUCAUCUCAGUGCUCCAGAGCACCUGAGGGGAAAGAGGUGGCAAAUAUUGUAUCAGAUGCAGGAUUUUGGAAGAAUUUACAGGUUGUUAAGAAUUCUGCGGACCCAAUGAUGCAAAUUCUUCAAAAGGUUGAGAGUGGUGACUGCAUGUCCGUGUCGUCUAUCUACAGUGAUAAGUCCACUGCAAGUCUUGCUAUUAAAUCCAUUUAUGGUGAAAAUGAGCCUAACUGUGAACCAAUUUGGGAUGCCAUCCAAAAUCAUUGGGACUCGUUAAACCACCCUGUAUUUGAGGCAGCUUACUUCUUAAAUCCAUCUUACAGAUAUCGACCUGAUUUUAUGGCGCAUAAUAUUCGCGGGCUUACUGAAUGCAUUACCCGUAUGGAGCCAGACAACGCAAGAAGGAUUUCUGCUUGUGCACAGAUUGCUGAUUAUAGUUCUGCAAAAGCUGAUUUUGGAACUGAAUUGGCUAUUAGUACAAGAACAGAACUUGAUCCGGCUGCAUGGUGGCAACAACAUGGGAUAUGCUGCUUAGAGCUGCAGCGGAUAGCUGUUCGUAUAUUAAGUCAGACAUGCUCAUCAAUGGGAUGUGAGCAUAACUGGAGUAUAUUUGAUCAAAUGUACAGUCUAAGAAGUAGUCGUUUAUCUCAAAACAGAUCGAGUGACCUCAUGUACGUUCACUACAAUUUGCGCCUUAGAGAACUACAAGUAAGAAGGGGAAACAGUUCAGUCUCCCUUGAAAAUAUUCUGUUGGAGCAUUUUCUAAAAGAUUGGAUUGUAGACACAGGGAGAACCAACUUUCCAGAAACUGAGGAAGUUCUAUAUAGUGAAAUGGAACAAGUUGAUGCAUAUGAGAACGACAUGAUUGACUACGAAGGUGGAACCUCAAUUGCAGAUACUAGAAACGGAUCAGUUGAACUGUUACACUUUGAUGAUCCAGAUGUUGAUCCUGUUGCCACUGAUGAUGAUUGCGAAAAUGAUGAUGAUAAUGGUGAAUUGAACUACUAUGAUAAUGACACAAGUUAUUAGUCCGAUGAUAUUCAGUCACACUAACACAACAGUAAUGGUGUUAGGCACCUGUUUUAGUUCUGUAAUUGUAUUCGAAUGUAUUAGCUUUGAAGUACAAUACGACGUGAGUGAGGCGUCGUCACAUGUAAAAUUGAGCAGGUUAUAGAUGCAUCAGCGUUUACUAACUCGAGUGUUUUCAUUCAUAACGGUGAGGCUUUGCGUAGACAAGCCCUUGUUGUAUGUGUGGAAAUGAAAAGAGGAGAACAAUCCUGAGUUCCCGCCUAUU